AUGACAACAGCGCUUUCGGGCAACAUCACUCUCAAGUCCCGGGCAGCCCGGAACUUGACUCUCACACUUACGGCCCCCGGGCCAAGAGUGAGAAGAGAAAGUAUUGUUCCGCUCAUUCGAUGCACAUCUACAGCUACCAGCAAUGCUGCUGCUGCGCUUGAGGCGACUCGCACAAACACUCCCGUUGUGAACGGAGCAGAGACACCGCUAUCAGAACUACCUCCCCUGAUUCUUUACCGAUCUCUCUUCGUCAACGCUGUUUCUUCAAGACCAUGGCUUCUCAUUCCUUCCCUUCACCUUCUCCAGAAACUCUCACACGCGGGAAACCCAUACCUGUUUAAUGUUUCCCGCAAUCCGUUGCUUCGAACUAUUCUGAAGCAUACCUUCUACAAACAGUUCUGCGCUGGUGAGACGGGAGCCGAAGCGCAAGCUACGAUGAAGGAAUUGCAGGACAUGGGAUUCAAAGGCACAAUUCUCACGUUUGCAAAGGAAACUGUCUUUGAUUCCAAGACAGGCAAGGAGCAGGGACACGGCAUUGAGACUUCCACCACAAACGAAUGCCAGUGGUGCGACAAUAUUGAGGCCUGGAGAGACGGCACGUUGAAGACUGUCGAGCUACUCCGGGAGGGUGAUCAACUGGCUACCAAACUCACUGGCGCUGGACCUGGAGUCUGCGAAGCCCUUCACAACGACGCCCAACUUCCCAAGCAAUUUGUCGACGCUUGCUACGAAAUCUCACAAAAGGUCAAGGACCGCGGUGCAUACAUUCUCAUCGACGCCGAAUCCCAGCACUACCAAUGGGGCAUCUUCCGUCUUGGUUUGGAGCUUCAACAAAAUUUCAACACCGACGGCAAUGUUGUUCUUUACAAUACAUACCAAGCGUAUCUCAAGAGCACUCAAGAGAGUCUCCAGAAGCACCUCCAAAUCGCAUCCGACAAGGGCUUCACUCUUGGAGUCAAGGUUGUUCGCGGCGCCUACAUGUCGUCUGACCCUCGCUCGCUCAUUCACGAUACAAAGCAAGACACAGACGACAACUACAACCAGAUCGCGCAAGGUGUCCUGCGUCAAGAUUUCCUUGGCUUCGGUGGCUCCAAUGCCAAGCCAUUCCCCUCAGCUCAAUUGCUUCUCGCCAGUCACAACAAAGAGUCUCUCGUCAAAGCGCACGAGAUGCACCAAGAGCGCACAAAGGCCAAGUUACCCACGGUUCCAGUCAAGUUUGCUCAGCUACACGGCAUGUCGGAUGAGGUCAGCUUCGGGCUACUCAAGCUGAAGGAUGAUAACGGUGUUGCGCCCGAGGUGUACAAGUGCACUACGUGGGGUACCUUGGGGGAGUGUAUGGCGUACUUGACUAGACGCGCUAUCGAGAAUCGGGAUGCAGCCUCGAGGACGUUGGAUGAGUACACGGCUUUGAAGAAUGAGGCUUGGAGACGACUAGCUUUUUGGCGAUGA